AUGUCAAAUCGUGGGAACAGGCCUGCUUUAACAACUCAGAGGAACAGGACACCGACGACUGAAUCAGCACGCAAUGCGACUCAUGGGGAUUCUGCGAGCAACGCCACGGAAGAUGCUUCCGGUGGCAACAAAUCGCGGAGCGCUUCCGCUCGACGUUCGUCCACAAAAUCAUCGGUUAGCCCCAGUUCGUACAAAAGGCCAUUAUCAUCGACGCUCGCUGGAUCCGUGAUGAGGCUCGAAAAUCAAUACUCGUUAAAAAAGAAACGAUACCAAACUCUAAAAAAGGACUUGAUGGAUAAACAGAAAAUUGCGCAAGAUUUGUACAACGACAUGGUCCAGCUUCGCGAGAAAGUGAUCGCCAGCGGCGCGAAGGAUCCCGGGAAAAUGGAAGAUGUUAAAGUCGAAGUUGGAUCGCCGAAACCGCCCCCACCGAUCGAACAAGUCGCCGAGGACGAGCAGGCGGAGAGCUCUGCCGAAAAGUUGGCCAUCGCCAGCGAGUUCAUGGACACUCUGGAACGUCAGCUGCAGGAGAUCCCGAGGAAAUCGCAGAAUCUCUGCAGGGAGCUGCUGAACAAGCAAUCGGAGUUCGUGACUUUCGUAGGUUCGCAGCUGAAGACCAGCGACGAUGAGAACGAGGAAGACGACUCGACGGUGAAGGUGUCCGCGCAGUUGGACGUUCAUCGAAAGGAUUACGAGAGUCUGCAGGCGUGUCUGGAUGACGUGAAAGCGUUAGAAACGAAGACGGUGGAGGACAUACUGAAAAAUGCUCGAAGCAUGAUGGAGAAGUUCGAGAGCCACGGAACGAAGGCGAAGGAGUCGAAAGGCCCGGAGGGUCAAAGGGAGCUGCAAUCGCAAUUGAACACCACCCUGGAGGAGCUGCAAAUGGAACGGGAGAGGAGCAACCAGAGCAAGGAACGUUUGAGACAGGCGGAAGCCCAGUUGAAAGGGGCGCGUGCGAAGAUACGCGAUUUGGACGCGCACGUGGCCAACAACGAGGGAAAGAUACAGAUGUUGCAGUCGAAUCUGAAAAACAUGGAGAACCAGAUGAGGCAGAAAGAGCAGACGACGGAGCUCAGAAUGAAGGAGUUGCAGAAGACCUUGAAGAGCAGCGAGGUCCUGAUCGCUAAGGUCGAGAAACAACGGGACAGCUACGAAACACGUCUGGUGGAACUGAAGGAGAAGAUAAGCCACAAAGAGAACGAGACGAUGAACAAUGUCAAAGAACUGUCGGAGAAGCUGGACGCUGUCACGGCUGAAGUAGGCAGGGAAACGGAAAGAAGGCAGGAAGUUGAGGAAGCGUACAGGGAACUGCAGGAACGAUAUAAAGAGCUGGAAGAAAAGAGUAACCAAUUGUACGAACUCUCGGAGAAGAACAAAGACAUUAUCAUCACGGAGGGACAUCAUUCGGAGAACGAAGUUUGCUUGUUCAACGAGCUCCAGGAGGCCAAGGAAAAGUUGGAGAUGCAAAAGGAUAUGCUGCAGCAGAUGGAGCAAGAGAAAGAGCAGAUCGUGGCAGUGAUGCAUCGAGCGGUCAGCCUCUCCGAGGAAGACGACUCGAAAGAGAAACUGAUCGCUGAUCUGGCAUCCAUGACCAACGACUAUCAGAAACUGAUGAUGAAGUAUUCGGAGUUGCAGAGGGCCGCAAAAAACGCCCAAGAAAACAAUGGGAUCUUGGAAGCUCAGUUGAUAGAAAUUCGAAGGCGGCUUCAUUCGCAGUCCAAGGAAGGUGGCAUAGCUGGGCUAAGCGCCCACGUGAUCGAGCUUCAGCAAUGCAUCUCUGAUCUUCGUAACAAUUUGGCGGAAGUGACUCGUCAGAACGAGGAACUGAAAACUGAACUGACCCAGAAGCAUUUGGAAGUGGAGCAACGGGAUCGCGUGAUACGGAAUCAGACGGAGUUUUUGAAAGCCAGGGACGAGUUGCUUAACACUUUGAAGGGCAACGUUCAACAAGAAAACGCAGACUUCUCUAACAGCGACGAAAACAACGAGUACAUCGAGCAGGUACAUAAGCAGAUAACCGCGAAGACGGAGGCAAUUCAGGAGCUGUAUUCGACUCUGGAGAGCAAGCAGGUGCAGAUAAUGCAUUUGGAGAAGAUGGUGAAGCUGAUGGAGAACCAGCAGGACCGUGCCCAAGCUCAGCGGACACGCAUGGAGGAUCGAAUCGCCCAACUAGAGCUCGCCCUGCAAAGCAACAGAGAACAGCGGGGUAAAGGCUUCAGCAUCCUGUAA